AGAACUGCAAACGCAAAUAACAGGCAAGCCAAUUACGCUUGAUUCGGCUUGGAGCGAUCGCUUGUCCUCAAACUGCUCUCACUUUGCUAUUUCCGCGCUCGAACAACACCCGGUGGAAGCAACGACCGACCACAUAUAUCUGUACACCACCUCGACAACAUGCUCACCGCACCCCCAAAACGUGUUGCUAUCAUUGGUGCCGGUCUCUCUGGACUCACCCUUGCUCUUGCUCUUCAUCGCCAUGGUAUCGCCUGCACCCUUUAUGAGCUUCGCCGACCAAGUGUUUCAUCUUCUGGUGCUUUGAUGCUCUCUCCGAAUGCUCUUAGGAUUCUCGAUACUCUUGGUCUUUAUGGACGACUCAGCGCCCAGGGAUACAACUUCGAGACCAUUGCAUACAAGAAUCAGGCGGAGGUCACCACUGACCGCUACUACCUUGGAGACGAGAAGACGUACGGAUACAAGGCACUUCGUGUCUACCGCCAAACUCUCCUCACUGAGCUCCGUGUUAUGGCAAAGCAGCUUCAGAUCCCAAUCACGUAUGGAGUGAAGUUCAGUCAUAUCAUUUCCGAGGACGAUAGUGGCGUCUCCUUCGCCUUCACGGACGGGACCGUUGCGAGUGCGGAUAUCCUCAUCGGUGCCGAUGGCAUUCACUCGACUGUAAGGAAGUAUAUUGCCCCUGGCGUGGUUCCAAAGUACUCGGGCCAAGUGGCCAUCACUUGCGCCAUCCCCAUUUCGAAGCUCGAGAUUCCGAAAGGAAUUGAAUACGAGAUGCCUGUUGCCAUUCACGGCAAGAAUGGUGCCUUUGUCAUGGCUCCACAAAACGUCGAUGGAUCUGAGGUCCUUGCUGGCACUCAGCGUGCGUAUCCGGAGCAGGACCGUGCCGGUUGGGAUGCCUUGCUUGCAGACAAAGAUCGACUCUUGGCUCUCUUCCGCACCGGCAUUGAGGACUGGCCUCAGAUCGUGAAGUCAGCUUUGAACAACGUCCCUAUCGAUAGCCUUGCGAUUUGGCCAUACUAUGUCGUUCCCAAGCUUGAGCGCUGGUUCUCUUCAGGCAAGCGAGUUAUCAUUCUCGGAGAUGCCGCUCAUGCGAUUCCACCGACUGCUGGCCAGGGUGCGUCUCAGGGUUUUGAAGACGUCUUCACGCUCGCAGCCUUGCUACCUCACUUGUCGGAGAAGAUGCCACUGAACAAGGCUAUCACAUACUGGAAGCACAUGCGCCAAGAGCGCGUUGACAAGGUGAUAAAGCUUACGCUUCAGCUCAACAAUACAAGGCUUCCCCAGGCCGAGCGCAAAAAGCUUGAGGCAGGUCAGACAUGGGUGAGUGGCGAAUCUGGUCAGCUCGCGUGGUUGUACAACGCGAAGGUAGAGGAGGACGUGCAGGCAUGGAUAAUCGCCUUGAUGCUAGAAAGUGGCUAUGCCAAUGUUGGUUAG